UUGGUGACUCGGUGAUGGUGACAGUGUAGUUUGGACUAGCGUUAGUGUUCAGUGCCGUUUUUAAGUGUUGAAAAUGAAGAUUUACGUUUUUUUUGCAGUACUCCUGUCCCUAUCCUUCACAAUCACUUCAGCCGACCUAUCAGACUACGAAACCUCCAACCAAGAAGACCUCGACCCUCUCAAUGACCCAGACCAAGACACCACAGACAACGACCAAGACAAAAGAACCAUUUGCUCAGCACUAAGUGGUCUAAGAUGCGGAGCAAAAUUCUCCAAACUUAUCAAGUACAAGUUCAGACCAGCAUAUUCCUAUGCCAGGCCUGUACUAGUCAGACCUGUAGGCUACAAGUACUCCAAACCAAAAAAUCCGCUCACUUUGCCCGCUUUGAAGCCUUCAGCAAGUGGUGGAUGGAGGCCAAUAAUCAAACCAACCAAGCCGAUUGCUGUUCCAGUAUUUAAGCCUCCUGGUCAUGUGGAUGUUAUCCAUAAUAAUCCGGUACCUCACGUGGAUCAUAUUCAAUCAGGAGGGACACCUGGGCAUAUUCAUUUACAACCUGGGCACGUGCAUCUACAGCCAAAUCCUGUUCAUUUCCAUCCAGUUGCUGUGCAAGGUGCUCAUAUUGAUCAGAUUCAUCAAAUUCAAGUGCCACAUGGUAACCACUACGACACAUUUGCCCACAUAGACCACCUCCAUCAAGUCCCCACAGCACCUUUAGUACCAGUAGCACCCGUAGCAGCACCAGUACGACCACUGGUCCCAUCUCCAGUCUUGUUUGAAGUUACCAAACCCAACCUAGGAGUCCUGCCUCUUGGUGCUAGAUUCCACACGCCUAUUUUGAGGGAACUACCUCAUCAUCUUCAUUUGAGGCCUUUUGCACCUGUACCAGUAGCUCCACCAGCUGUACCAGUUCCUGUACCUGUUAGACCAGCUGCUGUACCAAUUGCUGCACCUGUAGUUCCUGCUCAAAGUGUUGUACCAGCUCAUAUAGGAUUACCGCAUAUUGCUCCUCAACCAGGGGUAUCUGUGGAGUAUCAUGGAACAAGAAAUUAUCUGCCUUCAUUUGGAGCAGUUCCUCAUCUUCAUGCUCUACCAGCAGGUCCAAGUUUGCCAUUCCCUCAUGCCCAUCAUGGAUUUGCAGCUCAACAACAACAAGAGUUACCUCAUGAUCAUCAAGCUCAUUUCCUGCAACAACCACUACCUUUAGAAGGUAACCAUCAGUUCCUUCAACAAAAUCAAGUGCAGCAGCUUCAACAGCAACUACCUUACGAGGAAAAUGCUCAUUAUCUUCAACAAAAUCAAGCACAUCGUCUUCAACAAUUCCAGCAACAGUACACUGAUAUUCCUCAACAGCAACUGCCUUUAGAAGGUGAGCAAGAGCAGUACUUGAACAACAAUAUAAACCUGCAAAAUUUUGAUCAGAAUAAUGUGAUUCAACCUGGUCAAACUGAUCUUCAGAUACCGUAUCAUUUGCCUCAACACCAUCAAGGUUUUGAUGGUUCUGCUUAUCAACAAACUGAAGAAUCCAGAGGGUUCAAUGAUCAGGUAUUUAGGCCAUCGCCGGCUUUGGAACCACCAUAUGUUAAAUAAGAGUACCUAAAGAAUAUUGAACUUAGGUGAACUACUAUCAGAAAAGACUAAUAUUUAAUGUAUUUAUAUUUUUAGAGAUUAAUAUGUCGAUGGUUUUUGGAGUAGAAUAUCUUGAGCAAUUUUAGUUUGAGAAUAUAUAAUAUACCGGGUGUUUCUCAAAAGUGGUUCACCCUUAUAACUUUUUUAAUUUUUCAGAUAACUAAACGAGAUUAGGUACGUUAGUUUAUGACAUAAAUCAGGAUUGAUUGACGUAUUUAAUUGUUUUCGGUCACUUCCUGUU